GGGCACAACAAGUCAUUCCAUUCAAAGGGGAAGAAGGGGGAAAACUCAGCAACAAAGGGAAGCACACCACCGACAGGUUCAACUGGUUUUGUACUACAAUGGAUGCCUGAUGGAAGCACUCGAACUCGUCCACUGCAUCCCUCAAGUCCAUCUGAAACUACCUCUUUUCCAUCCCAACAAAGCAGCCAAAGCUUCACCUUAGGUUCUCUACCACCUCGACAAAGCAGCCAAAGCUUCAUGCAAUCAGAGGGACAAGCAUCACGCUUUGCACAAGGAGAAGGGAGGCAAAGCAAACUUCCUGUUAGAGGAAAAAAGUCCAAGGGGAAAGGGAAGAUGUGAUAUAUUUUGAAGCAGAAUGGGGUGUGGG